UGCUAUGGUGAUGUCAGUCAUAAUGGCUCUUCCUCUGAUAUUUCUGAUCAUGAUUCACGGGGUUUCUAGUGAUGAUUGGAGUGUGAGUUACAGUCCUUCACACAUCUGUGCACUAAAGGACUCAACAGUGAUAAUGAGAUGCUCUUAUACAUACCCUACUGGACAUCAGAUCAAGGAAGCGUUCUGGACAAAAGAGUUUAUAAAGGGUGUUGAGUUUCCAGAUCUGUCUAAUGACACUGAAUACAGUCAGAGGCUUCAGUAUCUGGGAGAUCAACAGCAGAACUGCACCGUCAGACUGAGUCAUGUGACACAGAAGGAUUCACACAUGUACUAUUUCAGAUUCAUCACUGAUAUAACAGAAGGAAAAUGGAUUGGUGUUCCAGGAGUGAAUCUUACUGUUACAGAUCUUCAGGUGGAGUCUCCUGAGAGAGUGACAGAGGGAGAUUCAGUCAGUCUGACAUGUAAAAGCAGCUGCGCUCUGACUGACAGAGCAACAUUCAUCUGGUACAGAAACUCACAGCCAUUAACUGAGAGAAGAGACAGAAACAAUGAACUCCUGCUGCAGUCAGUCAGAAGAGAGGAUUCAGGCAGAUAUAGCUGUGCUGUAGACGGACACACUCACGUCUCUCCUGAUGUUCAGCUCAAUGUCAUGUACCCUCCAAAGAGCGUCUCAGUGUCCAUCAGUCCAUCUGGUGUAAUAGUGGAGGGAGAUUCAGUGACUCUGAACUGCAUCAGUGACUCAAACCCUCCUGCAGAAAUCCACUGGUUUAAAGGAGGAACGAUUGUAGGAUCUGGAAGAAUCUACAACAUCUCAAAGAUCAGCUCUGAUGACAGUGGAGAAUACAAGUGCAAGUCCAUCAAUAAACAUGGAGAGAAAUACUCUGAUAAUGUGACUUUAAACAUCAUGUAUCCUCCCAGGAACAUCUCAGUGUCCAUCAGUCCAUCUGGUGUAAUAGUGGAGGGAGAUUCAGUGACUCUGAACUGCAUCAGUGACUCAAACCCUCCUGCUCUGAACUUCAGCUGGUUUAAGGAGAAUGAAACCUCAGCUGUUGGAUCUGGACAGAGUUUCAGUGCACUACAGAGUGGACGCUUCUACUGUCAGGCUCACAAUCAACAUGGAUCUCAGAGAUCAGACGCUGUAACUGUCACAGUGCAUCACAGAUCUAGAUGGCAUCAAGUUUUUGGGAUCACAGUGGAAUGUGGAGCAAUAUUCAUCCUCGUCAUCAUCAUUAUCAUCGUCAUCCUGUUUAUAAUAAAGAAACAAAGGAGUAUUAAAAAUGAAAAUAUCACAGUGAAAGAGAUCUCUGAACCCAAUGAAGACACAUAUACGGCUCUUGUAUAAAGAACCAAUCCUGGGCUCUGUGGGCGGAGCCACAUAUGAUUGACAGGGAUUGACCCUCAUUUGUUCCCUUUGACCCUUUGUGAGAAAAUGACUGCUAUUGUGUGCUAUAGACUGAUGUAAUGUAUGUUUAAUUGUGUAAUCUUACAUAUAUAAUACUCUUUUUCAGUAUUUUUGGUCUUCAGUUUUAGGCACAAGC